AUGAAAUUUAACGAGCGAAGGCAGUUAUGGAUUAUUGUAAUAAUUGCUUUAAGUUCUGCACCAUCAGAGGGGUCAGAAGAGGGUAUUUCUUGUUACAAGUGCACCGUAGCCCCCCUGAGAGGCUCGCCGGAGGCGUCUAGUCAAAUAUGCAGUCAAUUCAAAGAAAAUAGACACUUUCAAGUUUACUGCCCAAAGUCCACCAUGUGUAUGAAACGUACCAUUUAUCACAGACUAGUCAACGGAUCGAUAAUAAACACGAGUAUAGAGCGAGAUUGCGCUUCUCAGCUUGAUAUUUUUCAAGCUUAUGACUAUAAUGAUAGGCAGUGGAGGCAGCAGGAGGAGAUAGUUCAGACCGCGUAUCCGGAGGAUUGUUUUAUAGGCGAAGAUCGUGGUUCGCCUGGUGGACCUCCUGAAUAUUGUUUUUGUAGGUAUAAUUUGUGUAAUAACAGUAAAAGUAAUCGAGGGACUUUCAUACUUACUGUUAUUGUUUUAUUUUUAAUGAUACUUCAUUAA